CGUGAGAGGUCUCGUUCCCCCCGUCGUCGAUCACGCAGCCCUCGACGAACCCGUCGCUCGUAUUCGCCACGCAGUCGAUCUCGGAGUCGUGACGAUUACCGUCGUAGUGACCGCCGUUCCCGUUCUCCUAUGAGUGCUGCCCAAGGCGCGUCAGGAGGUCAUUCAGGUUCGGGAUACAGUGGGCGUGGUAGUUACCCGCCUCCCCCUAGAUCGUUUGAGGAUCGUGCAGUCGCCAAAGAACAGAUGAUGCAAUCCGUGCGCGAAUCAUCCCAACAAGACCGCCGCGUCUAUGUUGGGAACCUUUCUUACGAUGUCAAAUGGCAUCAUCUUAAAGAUUUUAUGAGACAGGGUGAGCAGGGUCAUAUCAUGUCGGAUGUGUGAUGGAGCUUUUUUUUUUUUUUUUU